GAGAGCAAAAAAAAAAAAAAAAGAAACAGCAGAAAUUAGUUUAAUAUGUAUGGGAUUUUAAUAUUUGUUGCUCAGAGAAAAACUCCAACAGUAGAAGUGAACGGAGAACUGAGAAGUGAGGAAUGUUUGGUAUUUGACCUGUUUAAUAUAGAAAAUCAGGCUUGCAAUUCCUCUAAGCCAUUGGAAAAAUCAAAGCAGCAAUAUAAAAAUGGGUUUCACUCAAAACCAGGGUUCACCCUCUGUUAGUAAAGAAGAUGACGAUGCAUGUCUCUAUGCCAUGCUACUGUCAAGCUCUCACGUAUUUCCCAUGGUACUACGCGCCGCCAUAGAGCUCAACCUGUUUGAGAUCAUUGCUCGGGCAAGCCCCGAUGCUUACAUGUCGCCCUCUGAGAUUGCUUCUCAGCUUCCCACACAAAACCCUGAUGCUCCUUAUAUGCUAGAUCGCAUGCUGCGUUUACUUGCUAGCUACUCACUUCUUACUUGUUCUAUACGCAGCUGCGAAGAUGGAAGUGUUGAGAGACUCUAUCGGGUCUCACAAGCUGGCAAGUUAUAUGUUCAAAAUGAAGAUGGAGGAUUUGUGGGUUCGAUCUCAUUAUUUGCUUUCCAACGUGCCAUACUUGAGGUUUGGCUACAUUUUAAAGAUGCUAUUCUUGGAGGAGGUAAUCUAUUUGGAAAGGUCCACGGGAUGUCCAUCUUCCAAUACAUGAAAACUGAUCAAACAUUGAACGAUUCUUUUAACAAGGCAAUGGCUGAUACUUCCAGAAUACACAUGAAAAAAAUUCUUGAGAUGUACCAAGGUUUUGAGGGGGUAUCAUUGUUGGUUGAUGUUGGUGGUGGCACUGGAGCAUGCCUUAACAUGAUCAUUUCCAAGUACUCUUCCAUUAAAGGCAUCAACUUUGAUUUGCCUCAAGUUAUACAACACGCGCCAUCUUAUCCUGGUAUUGAGCAUGUUGGAGGGGACAUGUAUGUAAGUGUUCCGAAAGGUGACGCCAUUAUGAUAAAGACUACAUGCCAUAACUGGAAUGAUGAUCAAUGCAUAAAACUCUUGAAGAACUGCAAUAAAGCACUGGCACAAAAUGGGAAGGUGAUUAUCAUGGACUUAAUAAUGCCAGAGGUACCUGACGCAAGUAAUGGGGCUAAGUUUGUUUCUAUGCUUGAUAGUGCCAUGGUUAUUCCACCAGGAGGGAAGGAAAGAGCUGAGAAAGAGUUUGAGGCCUUAAGCAAGGCUUCUGGAUUUUCGGAUUUUCAAGUUAUAUGCCGUGCUUGUACUGUCUGGGGAGUCAUGGAACUUUACAAAUAAGUCUCCAACUAUCUGGUUUGAGCUCGUCUUGUUCUAGUUUCCUUGCCAGUCAAACUGGACAAGUCAUGGCACUUUAUAUUGAGGCUGUAAACUAUUGGCUUGUAUGCAAAUUUUUUUAGUAAUGCUUUCAUUAAUAUUGCAUGAGUUUUAUGAAUAAAAUAAAAUUUGAAGGAAUAAAAUUUGAAGUUAAGAAGA